GGAAAAAAUAAGACUUCAUUUCCCAUUAUGCAUUUCGCAGGGCGGAUGGGGGCUUCCUUGUCAAGAUGGCGGCUCCCUUAACGCUGCUUUUGAUUGUAGCCGUUACCAUACGUGCUGCUCUAUAUAGAUCAAGUUUAGUGGAUUUAAUAUCGGAGCGUGUGGAGGUAGUGUCUCCGUUAACGGCCUGGAAGAGAGGUAAGCGCGGGCUGGUGUUUUUUUACGGCGAUUUUGCGUUCUAAUACACCACUCGGGUCCCUUCCUCGGUGCUGUGGAGUCAAUAAAGUCCAAACCAGUUUGGCUGAAACCGCCUCUCUUUGUCCUACAGAAAAAAAAGAAACUGACUAGCUCCAUUACAAAGGGGAAUAUAUGGCUCUUUGUUAACAGUUUUAUGACUUAAAUCUUUAAAGGCUCUGAAUUGUUGUCCUGUCAGCAUACUGUCUCUGUUUCUCUUCGACUAACCGGUUAAACCGUUUUAAUGUGCUGGACUCCGUCAGAUAUGCCGUUAGUAACCCGAGAGAGGUGCUGGUGGACACGACAUUUUGAUUUUUGGCGGUAUCAGAGAUUUUCGGUCCUCAGUACAUGGCAACUAAACUCGCUUGAGGUCCUUGAAGAGGUCUCUCUCUCUCUCUCUCUCUCUCUCUCUCUCUCUCUCACACACACACACACACACACACACACACACACACACACACACACACACACACACUUUAAAGAACCCCAACCAAGUCCAAUUGCCCUUUGAAAUGACAGUCAACACUUCAACAGAGAUGUUAGCUGAGCUGUUGGAAUAAGCUGCAUGAAGAAGCUGCCUCACAGCCAUAAAGCUGCACUUUCAAAAGCUCAUUCUGUGAUGAUAGACAGACCCUGCAUGAAUAGUGAAUGAGGCAGCUGUUAAAGCGAGCUGCAUCAUGGGAAAAGCUCAUUGAUUGGUUUGAUGACGAGUAAGGAGAAUUAGAGAAGGCUCUACAAUUAAUCACAAUUCAGUCAUCACUGUGAGAUGAAACUGCACAAUCAAUCACAGUCACAUCAGACUGCUGUAUCAAAAUAAUCAUGUAUUAUGAGUGAAACAAGCAGACGGAUCAGCAGAAGACAGGGGGUUAUAUUUAACAUGCCCAUUUAAAUACUUACAGCGUGUCAUCUCGUCUCCACUAUGUUUACUGUUUGUUUACAGUUAUCGAGGGUUUGGCUCUGCUGGACCUGGGAGUGUCACCAUACUCUGGAGAUGUUUUUCAUGAGGUGAGAGAUACACACACACACACACACACACACACACAAGCAGGAGUAAAAAAGUACAACAGCAAAAUGGGAGUUAUUGAGUGCUAUAAAAAGAUCUAAAGCUGUUAUUUUAAUGUAAAUAAGUCUCAAUGUUUUGAUGGACGCAUCUUAAAUCAGCUGAUGGAAGUCAGUCUUAUUUAUUCUGUUCAUGUUUGUUUCCUGAGAGUCAAAGUCAGAGGAAAGGACAUCACAGUAUCAGUCUGAACAAACUUUUUUUGUGACAGAAUCCAAUAACAAUUAUUUGAUUAGGAAAGCAGACCAAACUCCUUGAUAUCACAUGUUUUUAUUUGUCUUUAAAUGUCUGUGUGUUUUGCUCUGGCAUUAAACAUCUUGUUCUUCCCUCUUCAGACUCCUCUCAUCAUUUACCUUUUUCACUUUCUGGUCGAUUAUGCGGAGAUCACAUUUAUGGUGAGUGCGGAAGUUUUUACAGACAAUAAUAACAGUAAUAAUAAAACAGUCACAGCAGUUUAAAUACAGACAAAUAUCAGCUGUAGGAAAAUGUGUUUUUGAAGAUUUCAGAAAAAAGAAAAUGACCUCUGUUUCUCCAGUGAUUUUAAUUUGGGGAAUUUUUUUGUUGUAUUUCUGAGACCACUCCUCUGAUUGUUUGUGUCUUUUGUGUCCGUAGUUAGCAGAUGUGAUCACUGCUGUGGCUCUCUACCUAGCAGUGAAGGACUACAACAAACAAGUGGUAAGAAAACAGCCAUGUCUGCAUGAAUACUGAGAAAAUGAUUUUAAAAAUUUGGAUAUUUAAAGAGAAUUUUCACUUUUUUAAAACCUUGUGUGCCGCUGUGUUUAAAAACACCCUGUUAACUCUUUAAUAAAGAUGUUUACAGAAGUUGGACUUUUUCAGUGAAUUGAACUUUCUGAUAAAACUGUGAUUCGGUAUCAUUUUACCCGUAUCUAAUAUUUCUUAUGUGUUUGUUUCUGUUUCAGUUCAGGAAGCAAAAGUUUGCCCUGGAGGCUGACCGUUACCCCCUCGACUGUCUGGAGCUCAUCAGGAGCCCCAGAGAGAUGUACUACAUCCCUCUGAAGGUCGCCAUGUUGUAAGUCACACAUUUAACAAUUAUUUUUUUGAUUGUGUAAUUUAUUACUUUUUUUUUUUAACGUAAAUUCUCCAACUCAAAAAAAUAAAGAAAAGAGGUGUGAAAUUAAAUCAAUUCAGCACCACACAGAUGAACAGGAAGUUUCCACAAGUGUCUUUGUUCCACUUAUCUUAUUUUAUCUUGUCUUUUCUAAAGUAAACAUAACAUGUAAAUAGCUGAUCGUAGGGAUUUAAACCUGAACAGCGAGGCAGAGAAACAGCAGUGUUGUCAUUGAUGGUUCAUAAGGUGUAUCAUCACCCUAUUUCUUCUUCUCAGUUACCUGCUGAACCCGUUCACCAUCCUGUCCUGCGUUGCCAAGUCGACCUGUGGUCUGACCAACUGCGUCAUCGGCCUCUUCAUCCUCUGCACAAUAAAAGGUAAAGUUCUUAACUAACUUGAAGUUUCUCAUGACUUUUCUGAAGACAUUCAACAUAUUAAGAACCAAACUUGUCAUUUACACCCCAGUGUAACCUUAAGAGCCUCACAUUUGGGAUCCUCCGAUGAUGUCCAGGUUCAUAUUUUGAUGUGACUUCUCUGAAUUUAGAGUCUUAAAUCUAACACCAGUUUUAAAAGCGUAAGGAUACUGUGAAAUGUUGAUAACAACAGAGUUAGAUGGUUUAAAUUUCAGUUAGUCUGAAUUUAGUUAAAAAUAAUGACGAAAAAAAUUAAUUCGUUUUUUAUUGAAGAUCACUGCGGCAGGAUUGUGUAGAAAGUAUGUAUUAUUGUAAAGAUCAAUAAAAAGAUCAAUGGUGGGAAUUUUUGGAAAAAUUUGGAUGUUUGUUUUGCAGGAAAUGUUUUGCUGAGCGCCAUCUUUCUGUCGUUGGCCACGUAUCAGUCCAUCUACCCUCUGACUCUGUGCGCCCCCGCUCUGCUCUACCUCAUGCAGGUGAGAUGAGUCCAGCAUCAUUUUCCUACACCUCACUAAACUCUGUGCAGUUUAAAAAUCAAGACUCAUUGAUGCUGUUUAUCUCCUCCGUCAGCGUCAGUACAUCCCUGUGAACUUCCGCCGUGUGAGUUUCUGGUGGUUCAUCGCUCAGUACGCCUUCAUGUACCUGGGCAGUCUCUUCGUCAUCGUCUGUCUCUCCUUCUUCCUGCUCGGUUCCUGGGACUACCUACCCUCUGUCUACGGCUUCAUGUAAGGGGUCAACAUACUUACAUUUUCAGACUAUCAAACACAUGUAGCUGUUUUUUGUUUCAGCUCCUGUUGUUUUCCUCCUCCUCCACUUCAGUCUGUCCGUCCCUGAUCUAACCCCGAACAUUGGCCUCUUCUGGUAUUUCUUCGCUGAGAUGUUCGAACACUUCCGCCUCUUCUUCCUCUGCGUCUUCCAGAUCAACGUCUUCUUCUACACCAUCCCGCUGUCCAUCAAACUCAAGUCAGUCCUCACACUCCCUGCUCAUUAUUAAACAGGGAGGUUGGAUCCCCUGUAAUUGCUGUGUGUGUGUGUUUCAGGGAGCAUCCAGUAUUCCUGAUUUUCAUGCAGCUGGCGGUGAUCUCCAUCUUUAAGUCUUACCCCACUGUGGGGGACAUCGCGCUCUACAUGGCCUUCCUACCUGUCUGGAGUCACCUGCACAGAUGUGAGAGGAUAAAACAUACAUCAUGCUUAUUACUUAUCAAACUUAUUCUGCAGACGGCAAAUGUGUUUUUCACCUUUAAAAAUAAGUUUGCAUGCUGAUAUUUAGCACAAUAUUAGAGAAGCGCCUGUUUGACCUCAUGAUCAUAAUACAAAGAAAGCAAUUUUAGAAAAGAUGGUGCUUAUCACAUCUGAUGAUCUAAAUUCCAGCUUAAACUUCACCUUGAAGAUGUUGUUAAAACAUCUUUGCUCUGGUUUGUGUCCCUUUUCCAGUCCUGAGGAACAUCUUUCUUGUCUCAUGCGUCCUGCUGGCGUGUUCUGCUCUGUUCCCGGUCCUCUGGCACCUCUGGAUCUACGCCGGCAGUGCCAACUCUAACUUCUACUACGCCAUCACGCUACUUUUCAACGUGGCUCAGGUACAGGGAAACCGUGUGGACUCGACUUUGUUGAAUUUUUUUACUUUUACAAAAAAGUUCAGAUGCUGUUUAAAGGGUAGAUAAAAACUGAAUUUGAUGGUUUGGAAAUCUAUUAAAGACAAUGUUUGAUCAUGAAAAGAGGAAGAUGACAUAUCCGAUUUUAAAAACUGAAAGCACAGUUUAAUAAAAAAGUAUAAAGGUUGAGACAGAGACAACAAAACACUGAAAGGUUGUAUAAGUUGGCAGAUGGAGGAACAUUACUCCACUAAUGUGAUUAACAUGACUGGGUAUGAAAUGGAAAUCCAGAGAGGCUUGAGUAUCUCAGAUGGGACAUGGUUCACUGCUUUGUGUGACACUGCGUGAGUCAUGAUAGUUCAUCAGCUCCAGAAUAAUGACUUGGCAUAAAAUUUAAAUAAUUUAAGGAUUUCAUCAUGAUAAGAUUCGGAUGAUCUGGAGAAAUCUCUGUACAAAUGGGAGAGAGCUCAAAACCAGCCCUGGAUGGUCCUGAUCUUGAAUCUGGGAUUGACCAAAAUUUGUCCCUCAAAUAUAUAAAGUCAGUGCCCAGAUUUACAGAUCCCAUGAUUUCCCUUUAAUUAGAACUUUUGUGAGUUCAUGAAAUCACUCAGUGUUUUCCUUUCAGUCUCUCAGAGAGGAUUCAUUUGUGUCUCCCUCAGAUUCUGCUGGUGUCAGAUUAUUUCUACGCCUUCUUGAGGAGGGAGCAUCAUCUUACCUACGGACUGUACCUGAAGCGGAAAGAUGGCUCAGAGGCCACGCUCGUCCUGAAAUAAAAACACCUGCACACACACACACACGCACACACACAUGCACACCUGACUGAUAGACUCCACCAGAGAAACGGCUCCAGGUCUGACUUCUCCUCAAAGGGAACAAACACAAACAGAGGAGAGUGUGAGACCCUCAGAGCCACCACACUCUGCAGACAGAACAUCAGCACACAGACAGAAAGUGUGUCUGAUACCACAACAAUGCAAACUGUGAGUCACAACACGUUCGACGCACGCAUGCACACACACACACACACACACACACUCACACACACUCACACACACACUCACACACACACACACACACACACACACACACACACACACACACACACACACACACAAGACAGGACACAGAAAUGUGGCUCCUGUUCUACUUUGAAGCCUCACUCUACCCAGGAAGGAAUGCUUGGGGGGAGGGAGGGAGGGGGGUAUUUUGAAGCCUUCCUCCUCCUGAGAUCUGCUCUAAAAUAAUCUUAUUUUGAAGCCCAGCUUGUUUUACAGCUUUCCUCCAGGCAGCUUUUAUUUUGAAGUGACAACUCUCCUGCAGCAUCUUCUGGAAGCUUUGUGACUCUUUUGGUUUUUUUAAGUCUCUGCCUCCUGCUGUGAAGCUGCUGAUGUAGCCCCUCCUCUAACACAAAGGCAGCGCUGCAGAAGCCUCAUUGGUCAGCAGAGCUUUCAUUUGUGGUGUUAAAGGCCCUAUCCUUACUAAUUUAGACCAAACUGUUAAGAAAACUGAACAUUUUAACAUAAAUCAGUUAAAGGGAUAUUUCAGUGUUUUUGAAGUGAGGUUGUAUGAAUUAUGUGUCACUAGAUUAUGCAUCAGUAACUAUGAAUGCAUCAUUCACUUAAACUGAGAUGACUUCUUGGGUCAGGUUCAAAAUAAGCUAAACUGAGAGGCAGAGUCGGUCCUGUCUGCAGAAAAUUGUGGCCUAGCUUGUGUGCCAGUUCUCUCUGCAGUUACUCAUUAAAGGAACCAAGCUGAAUGCCAUCUGUUGUGACUUAUAAACUUAGUAGCCACUUAACUCACACAACUUCACUUCAAAACAACACUAGAAUAGCCCUUUAGGUAUUUUGGCUUCACUUUGAGGGAGCUGUAAUGUUGUCCAUCUUUUAAACUGUGUAAACUCAGAACAAGCAGAAAGCAGUCAAACAUCAUGUUUCAUAAAAGCUAACACACCUUACACGUGUAAGCUUCAGGUGCCUGAGAACAGAAGUUUGUCUAAGCUAUGUUUGGAUACUUCAGAGUGAAUGUGUUUUAAAAACUGAUAGAUUUCAGUCCAGGAUGUGUAGACGGGGGCUGCAGAGUGUUUUCUGUCUAAUAAAAAUAUGAGAAGCAUAAUUUUUAAUCCCUAUAUAUAAGCUCAGACCAGCAAAAUUGGGCUCGUUUUAAAUUUUUUUGUCAGCUGAAGUUUCAUAUUUUCAGUUUUUCUGUCUGUGAUAUUAAACUCAAUAUAACUAAAUUAUUGUUGAGUUAAAAUCUAACAUGACUAAACCAGGCUAGCUUUUCCCACCUCCUUCUGGUAAACUAACAAGCAGCCAUUUUUUUUUCUUUUCUCAAAAGAUCAAACUUUAUUUUCAUACUCAUGCUAAUCAACUAUCCUGAUAGUUGUGAGUUAUUACAUAGAAUUUUUAUUAUAACAGCAGCGAUAAAAUCUCACAAACUUUAACAAACGACUUUGUGAAAUGCUAUCUGGUACAUGCUACGUUUAAGCUUUUCAUUAAAUACGAACAAAACUCACGCCUAUUGACAAAUCUGUCUUCAUGCAUUUAUUUCACACAUUAAUUUAGCCUUAAACCUCCUCUGAUGUGUUUUUAUACUGGUAUGAAGGUUGAUUUAACUUCUUAUGAUGUUCUAAAGUUCACAGAUGAAUGUUUUUGAACCUGCAGCCCUCACUGUGAAACUGUAUUAAACUGGCAAAAAAAACACGUUUCAUAGAGCUGAUUGUUUGUUAAAAUGUGCACACUGGAAAGAUUACAGUUUACUUUGUCAAGUUGCUUUUUUUUUUUUCCCCCCAAAGUUGCCAUUUAAGCCAUCGAAUGAAAUGUCAUUUGUGAUAUUUAUUUAUCUGAAGCACUAAAAUUUGUCCUAGAUUUUUAUUAUUAUUUGAUUUUCAUGUUUGUUAAAGGACAAGCGCUUCUGUUGUUUUGAUACUGUAUGUAAAUAUGUUGGGGUGUUUUUGUUUGAAAGGGCUGAUGUGAUAUUUAAUGAAUGAGUGAACACGUCGUAAAAUAAUGAUUAUUAAACUUCAGGUGUUGGUUACACUGUUUUGUUCACUGAA